CGAUGGAGUUACUAAUAAGUACGAGCUAGUACAUGGCGGGAAGAAAUUCAUGUUGAAACCCCUAUCUCCCAAGGAAGUUUAUGAAGAUCAACUCCAAAUGCAACGAAAGUGGGCUAAGGAGAAGGAGCAGGAAUCUCAAGUCACGAACAAGAGUGUACAUGGGGGGUCUAGUGCCGUGGAUACCAAGUCAUUGAUGAUAGCACGAAGUGGAGACGUGAAGCAAGCAGUAAAUGAUCAUGAAAUAAUGAUCAUAAUCAUCUAUAAGGGCAUGCUACUCAAUCAAGAGCUUAUUCAAGAGAUACCGCCUAGGGCACGAGUGGUAUUAGAAGAAUUUGAAGAUGUCUUCCCCGAGGAAGCUCCAAAAGGCCUACCUCCAAUCCGUGGGAUAGAGCAUCAAAUUGAUUUUGUUCCUCGAGCUACAAUCCCAAACAAGGCGGCUUAUAGGACGAAUCCAGAGGAGACGAAGGAGUUGCAGAGGCAUAUUGAUGAGCUUAUGGAGAAAGGACAUGUUCGAGAGAGCAUGAGUCCGUGUGCAGUUCCUGUCAUCCUCGUGCCCAAGAAGGACCAUACGUGGAGAAUGUGUGUUGAUUGCCGAGCAGUCAACCAGAUAACAAUUAAGUAUCGUCAUCCUACCUCGAUUAGAUUAUAUGUUUGACGAGUUGCAUGGUUCUAGUUUGUUUUCAAAGAUUGAUCUGAAGUCGGGAUAUCACCAAAUCCGAAUGAAGGAAGGAGAUGAAUGGAAGACUGCCUUCAAGACGAAACAUGGCUUAUACGAGUGGAUGGUGAUGCCCUUUGGUCUUACUAAUGCGCCAAGCAAAUUCAUGAGGUUGAUGAACCACGUGUUAAGAGCUUUUAUUGGGAAGUUCGUGGUUGUCUACUUCGAUGACAUUCUGAUCUAUUCGAAGAACAUGGAGGAACAUCUUGAGCAUUUGCGAGAAGUGUUGAAGACUUUGAGGAAGGAGCAGCUCUAUGCCAAUCUGAAGAAGUGCACAUUCUGUACCUCGAGGGUGGUAUUUUUGGGAUUCAUAGUAAGUGCGAAUGGUGUUGAGGUCGAUGAAGAGAAGGUGAAGGCGAUUCAAGCAUGGCCUACCCCGACGAACGUGAAUGAAGUGAGGAGCUUUCA